AUGAAGACUGUUUUCAUAGUUGCGAAUAUUCUUGCAUUAACCUUACCAUUUCUGGUGAGUGCAGAGGUGCAAAACCAGGAACAAGCGACUUGUCGUGAGAAUGAUGAAAGAUUGCUUAAUCAGAAAACUGUCAAGUAUAUCCCAAUUCAUUAUGUGCUGAGCAACUAUCCUCACUAUGAGCCCAGUUACUACCCACAUAAACCAGCUGUACCAAUUAAUAAUCAAUAUAUGCCUUAUCCGUAUUAUCCAAAACCAGUCGCAGUUAAGCCACAUGUCCAAAUUCCUCAGUGGCAAGCCCUGCCAAAUACCUACUCACCCACUGUGGUACGUCGCCCGCACCUGCCUGCAUCAUUAAUUGCUAUCCUCCCAAAGAACAUUCAGGAUAAGACAGGCAUCCCUACCAUCAAUACCAUUGCUACUGCUGAGCCUACACUUAUUCCUACCACUGAACCAAUAGUGAACACUGUAGUCCCUACAGAAGCUUCCUCAGAAUUCGCCGUCACAAGCACACCUGAGACGACCACAGUUCCAGUGACUUCAACCGUGGUCUAA